AUGGCACUUCGAAUUCUUGUGAGGGGACUAUCCUUGACCAUGAUGGUCCGCGGAUACAAUUCGCUAGGAGGUUUAGCAAUCGACGAGAUCAUGAGCCAGCAAUAUGGUGGCCAUCUACAGUUCCUCACAAUUCAAGGUCUUGCGUUAGCGUGUCUAACGAUGACGACAAGUUUACUUUAUGAAGCAUUUCCACUUUCGAUUUUGAGGACCACCAAACGAUAUCUAAUGGUCAUGGCUAUGCCGCUUUCCGUUGUCAUCUCAACUAUAUACUGGUCACUGGUCACCGUAUUUCCUCAUCUUAUUCUCCAGGCCAGUUCUCCUUCCGAAUCGAGCACACCCAGCUCCUCCCCCAUAACACCAGAGCUCUUUCACAUACCCCUCUCCAUUGAUCUAGCUUUACACGCAGUUCCUUGUAUCUCUCUCCUGAUCGAUUUCUUUAUUUUCGAGAAGAAGUAUAACAAACAAGAAGUCAAGGUCGGCGCUCCCAUUGCUGCAAUUGGCUUUUCUUUGUGGUAUACUCUGUGGGUAGAACACUGUGCUCGCAUGAACAAUGGUAUCUUUCCCUAUCCAUUCUUGACCGAGAAUACCUUGAAAGUUCGAAUUGGCAUAUACAUCGGAGCCACGCUCAUUGCGAUAUUAUCCUUGAAACUCAUAAACCACCUGCACUCUUGA